AUGAUGGAAUGGGAUAAUCGGCAACAACCCACUAAUCAGAACACUCCCAAUCUUCAUCGGAUCGACGUUAAUGGCGGAGGAAUGUACGUGAAGGUGAUGACGGACGAGCAGCUCGAGACUCUUAGAAAGCAGAUUGCCAUUUAUUCCACAAUUUGCGAGCGCCUCGUUGAAAUGCACAGAACCCUCACCGCUCAGCAGGAUCUCGCAGGAGGAAGGUUGGGAUGCCUGUAUUCAGAUCCGUUAAUGCCAUCUUCCGGUCACAGGAUGACAGCAAGACAACGGUGGACUCCCACCCCUGUCCAGCUGCAGAUUCUCGAACGGAUAUUUGAUCAAGGCAACGGGACCCCGAGCAAGCAGAAGAUCAAGGAGAUCACGGUGGAACUGAGUCAACACGGUCAGAUUUCCGAAACAAAUGUAUACAACUGGUUUCAGAACAGGCGGGCUCGGUCUAAAAGGAAACAUCAUGUUGCUGCUUCCUCGAACAACAACAACAACAACAACGGCGAGUCGGAGGUGGAGACUGAAGUGGAAUUGUCGAACGAGAAGAGAACGAGACCCGAGAAUCUUUUCCAGCCUCAACACAACAUCAACAACAAGGCUGGAGCAGGAACGACUCACAGGCCAACACCAGAGGAUUGCUUCCAGAGCCAUGAUGACAUGAACUCAGAACUUCACUUGCUUGGAGUUUUAUCAAACACAAGGGAGGAGGGGGAGGAGGAGGAGGUUCUCGCGGGCAAGAUGAUACUGCCUGAAAGCUACAACCUUUACGACCACGUUGAAGAUUUCGGCAUGGCAGGCUGAUGACCGGAGUGUUCUUGGUUCAGAGAAGCAUUGUGUGAUCUUACAUCUUCUGGUCACGAGUUUAUAUAUGUAUAUAUAUCAUUGGAACAUGAUGAACUACUGCUGAUGUCUGGGGGGGGUUGUGACAAGCAUUGUGUCCUGUGGCAA